UGGUAUACCCACAAAAAUCUAAAAAAAGAAACUUAGAAUAUGAGUGAAGAAAACCCCAAUAGGAGGCGACUCAAAGUACUUACUUCACACUUUACUGCUAUGGCUUCAGAAAAAGAAGCUGCUCUUCUUGCUGUUCCUUCUGAUUCUCCUACCAUAUUUGACAAGAUCAUUAACAAGGAAAUACCAGCAGACAUUGUAUUCGAGGAUGACAAGGUUUUAGCUUUCAGAGACAUAAAUCCCCAAGCUCCUGUGCACAUUUUGCUUAUUCCCAAGGUCAGGGAUGGCUUAACUGGACUUUCCAAGGCUGAAGAAAAGCACUGUGAGAUUCUUGGUCAACUUCUUUACACUGCCAAGCUUGUUGCCAAACAGGAAGGUCUUCUCGAGAACGGGUUCAGACUUGUGAUCAAUGAUGGGCCUAGUGGAUGCCAAUCUGUUUAUCAUCUUCACCUUCACCUUCUCGGUGGACGACAAAUGAACUGGCCACCCGGCUAAAGGAAGUCGAGACGAUUCCAGAUUUCCUCCAAUCGUCUGUGUAGCAUUUGCUAACAAAACACUAUUAUCUAUGUGUAGCAGUUAAUGAAUCAAACUAGAAGCUUGUGCUAUACCCCUAUGGAGAGAUAUGGGACUCCUGACAGUUAUGCUAUUUAUCAAUAAGAGAGCUUUCUGGUGGUA